AUGAAGAUUCCCGCUUGCAUUUUUCUUUUCUCAGCUGUCGCUACGGCUCAAAGAGUGAUCGAAACAUCAAGUUUUGGCCAUGGCGCAAUGGUGGCCCCCAGCCGAGAAGGCAUCCCAGGAUGGGACUUGGGAGGAGAAGGACAUUUCCCUCAGAUUCUCUCCAACAAAGUGAUAUUGACACCACCGUACCCUGGCAACACAAGAGGAUUUGCCUGGGCUCAAUCUCCAUUAUCUGAAUCGGAAUGGACGGCUGAGUUUCAAUUCCGAGCCACUGGCGUGGAGAGAGCAGGCGGAAACCUGCAAUUAUGGUAUGCGAAGGAUGGGAAAUCCCAAGUCGGCUCCGCGAGCAUUUACACUGCUGGUCAAUGGGAUGGGUUUGCUCUUGUUGUAGAUACACAUAGCGGCAAGGGAGGUAGCGUUCGAGGCUUCUUGAACGACGGAACCACAGACUACAAGCGUCACAGGAGCGUUGAUAGCCUGGCAUUUGGACAUUGUGAUUACUCUUAUCGUAACCUUGGGCGCCCAUCCGUCAUCCGCAUCAAGCAUACCAGUGCUGUGCUUGAAGUCACAGUUGACGAAAAGCCAUGUUUUUCCACGGAUAAGGUUACCCUCCCCGCUGGAAACACGAUUGGCCUUACUGCUGCCACUCCCGAGAAUCCCGACUCGUUUGAGGUUUUCAAAGUCGUCCUGGAGACUGUCGCUCCAGGGGUUGGAAAAGCUCCCCCAAUCCAGCAACAGUCCAGCAACCAACAGGCUCCUCCACCCCCUCAACAGCGCAACCCACAGGGUCAGGCCGGGUCUGGCGAUCUCAGCUCAAUCAACGCGCAGUUCGUGGAUCUCGGUAGCCGCAUCCAACUUAUUAACCACGCUACCAACAACGUCCUGCGCGAGGUUGGAAACCAAGCGAACAAGCUCGACACAAAACAAGCCGAACUCCUUCAGAAAUUAGCCACGAAGGAACAAGUCGCCGGUCUUGAUGCUCGUCUCCAGAGACUCGAGCAAAUUCUCCUGUCAAUCCAACGAGACCUCGAGGGCAAGGAUUACCGCGACAAGUUCAACCAGCUGCACGAGACUUUGAGAUCCUCGCACCUUAGCCUGGCAGAUAACAUCAAGGACAAUUUGCUCAGCGUCAUCACAGCCUCGACACCUCGCAUGGGCUUCUUCAUCUUCCUUGUUAUCGCAUUCCAAGUCCUCCUCGCUGGUUCAUACAUCAUUUAUAAGCGGCGCCGUGCCAACAUGCCCAAGAAAUUCCUUUGA